AUGGCCACUCCCACCCUCACAGGGACGAAACUCAACGUCCUCGUCUACUCUGGCGAUGGAACCACCGUCAACUCCGUCCGUCACUGCCUCUACUCCCUCCGCCGUCUCCUCGCCCCCCACUAUGCCGUGAUCCCGGUCACCGCCGACAUGCUCAUCCACGAGCCCUGGUCGCUCACCUGCGCCCUCCUCGUCUUCCCCGGCGGCGCCGACCUGGGGUACUGUCGCGCGCUCAACGGCGCCGGCAACCGUCGCAUUGAGCAGUUUGUGCGCCGCGGUGGCGCCUACCUCGGCCUCUGCGCCGGCGGAUACUACGGCAGUCGGCGCUGCGAGUUUGAAGUCGGCGACAAAACCAUGGAGGUCAUCGGCGAUCGCGAACUGGCCUUCUUCCCGGGCGUGUGUCGCGGCGGCGCCUUUGCCGGGUUCGUCUACCACAGCGAGGAGGGCGCGCGCGCCGCCGCGCUGCAGGUGAACAGAGCCGCGCUGGAUAAGGGCAUCGUGCCGGAUGCGUUCAGGUCGUACUACAACGGAGGUGGGGUGUUUGUUGAUGUGGAGACGUACGCUGAUCGCGGGGUCGAGGUGCUGGCCAGUUAUACGGAGGAGCUGAAUGUGCACGGGGGCAGCGGACAGGCGGCUGUGGUGUAUUGUCGCGUCGGCCAGGGCGCCGCCGUGUUAACGGGGCCGCAUCCGGAGUUCGCCGCCGUCAACUUGGACAAAAGCGCCGGAGGCCCCGAGUACGCCAAGGUCGUCGACGACCUGGCGGCAGAUGACCGCGCGCGCACCGAUUUCCUCAAGGCGUGUCUGGUCAAGCUCGGGCUGCAGGUCACCCAGGGCACGACGACGGUGCCGUCGCUGUCGUCACUGCAUCUGUCGGCGCGCGACCCGGAAGACGUGGCCCGCCUGGUGGCGUCGAUCCGCGAGGAUGUCACGAAAGACGGCCAGGAAGAGUACCUCAAGGACGAGAAUGAUACGUUUCGCAUCGAGACGUCCGACGCGUGGAAUAUGGGCACGCUGCAGGCGGCCCUGCCGAAUCAGCCGACCGCGUCGGAUGGCGGCUUUGUGGAUUACAAUGCCAUCGUCAAGCAUCUGGUCGUGCACGACGAUGUGCCCUCAUCCAAGCUGACGCCCUGCUUCAACCACCACGCGUACUACUCCAAUCUGAAACUGUACCAGUCGCAGACCCGCGACGGCAACGACGAGUUCGGGCUGAACCUGCUGUACGGCGAGGUGGUCACCAGCACGAACACGAUUUUAGAAAAGAACCCGAAGCUGCUGCGCAAACUCCCCUCCGGGUUUACGGUGACGGCCACCACGCAGGUCGCGGGCCGCGGCCGCGGCUCCAACGUGUGGGUGUCGCCAGCUGGAGCGCUGAUCUUCUCGACGGUGCUGCGCCACCCGAUCGCGAAGCUGCAGUCAGCACCAGUCGUGUUCAUCCAGUAUCUAGCGGCGAUGGCGGUGGUGCAGGGCGUCAAGAGCUACGACGAGGGGUACGAGGCGAUGCCGGUGAAGGUGAAGUGGCCGAACGAUGUUUACGCCCUCGAUCCCGAAGACCCCGAAAAGAAACGCUACACCAAGAUCUGCGGCAUCCUCGUCAACUCGCACUUCUCGGGCUCCGAGUACAUCGCGGUGGUCGGCAUCGGGAUCAACGCGACGAAUGCGUCGCCCACGACGGCGCUGAACGCCCUGGCGGCGCGGUUCCUCCCGGCCAAGGCGACGCCGAUCACGCUGGAGAAGCUGCUGGCGCGCAUGGUCACGACGCUGGAGGAGCUGUACACGCGGUUCCUGCGGACGGGCUUCGACCGGACGUUCGAGGAGAUGUACUACGCGGACUGGCUGCACAUGCACCAGGUGGUGACGCUGGAGGAGGAGGGCGGCGCCCGGGCGCGCAUCAAGGGGAUUACGCGGGACUACGGGCUGCUGCUGGCGGAGGAGCUGGGGUGGAAUGACCGGCCAACCGGACGGGUGUGGCAGUUGCAGAGCGACAGUAACAGCUUUGAUUUCCUACGGGGGCUGGUGCGGCGCAAGACAUGA